AUGGCAAGCGUAUGCACGUGGGAGGCCGGGUGCCGAGAGCACGACGCAGGACAGUUUAUGGUUGUGCAGGGCCCCGCGCAUGCCGAGUUUGUGGCGCAGCUGGUGUCGGCCGUCAAGGUGGCCGACCUUGUGGCGGCGUCGAAUGGUCUGGCCACAGCAGAGGCUGCAGGUCAGGCAGAGAGCUACCAAUGGCCAAGCGAGGUGCCUACCCAGGUCGAGGUUGUCUGGUGCUAUGCGCAAGCCGACUUGCCCAAGUCUCGCGCUGUGACCAAUGCCUUCAAGUCGGUCCGCCGCGGCGCCCUGCCCUUUGCCUACUCGGACCAUGUCGACACCAUCGACACCGCUGCCGUCAUCCGUGGCGUUGCUGUCAAUCUCGCUCCGCCGCUUGCUUGGCCACCGGCUUUUGUCCCUGCAGGCGUGCCCUCCAACUACCUCCUCGUUCCGCACCUCUUCUGUACCUCGGUCAAGGGCAAGCGCAAGAAGCUCAUGGCCAUGUCGCCGGCAAACCUCAACAAGUGGCUCCCUGAGUCGCAGCAAGACACCGAGGCGCCAUCGCCGGCCUCCAUCCUCCACCCGUUCCAGCAGUCUUGGCUCGCUGCCCUCCUCAAGGCUACCCGUCCGCUCCACUACUCGCUGCCCAACACCAUGUCGCGCUUCUACACUGAGGCCUUCCGCCCGGCGUCGCCGUCGCCCAUGGCUCAGUCCUCGCUGCUCGGCACUUUUUUCGCCGUUGCCGCUGCCUCCAAGUCGCCCGCCCGCUCGCAUGCCGGGCCCAAGCCCGGCCCGCGCUCGCCGGUCCCCGAGCCCAACUCGCACCUUCGUGGCGCACUCAAGGGUGCCGGCCUCCUGGGCUCCGAUCGCUCCGAGGCGGACGAGCGCGCGCUGCUGGCCUCACUCCGCCGCGCUCGCGACGAGCAGUCCCCGCCAGCUGCCCCAGCCGCCGAUGAUGCCGAAGAUGAUGCGACGCCGCCGCCGCCGACUGCUCCGCACCUCCUCAACGGCGCAUCGUCGUCCGCCACCGCAGACGCCGCAGCCCGCCGCGACGACGCCUUUGGAGACCUCUCGGGCGCAGAAGCUGCAGAGAUGGACAAGCGCCUCGCCGCUUACCGCGACCAGAUGGCCAAGCUGGAGGCCUCGCGCCGCGCCCGCCAAGUCUCCAAUGUCACCGCCCUCUUCCCGCACCUCACCCGCGACGAGGCCGGUGCCGCCCUCGACCAGUGUGACGGCGACGUCGACGAGACCCUGCUCAAGCUCGCCUCGCCCUCGGCCGCCCUUGGCUCGUUCCUCGCCAAGGUCCGCGAGGCCGUCGCCACCUCAAAGACCUCCGAGUCGUUCCGUCGUCCGCCGGGCACGCUCCACCCGGAGGAGGAUACCUCGUGCGCAGGCUAUCAGUCGUUUUGCAUCCACGGCAUGGCCGCCGUCCGCCGCGCAAACCCGGCUUCCGGCUCCUUCGCCUGGUCCACCGGCUCCACCUCGCGCAAGUCAAAGGCCAAGCCCAAGCCCAAGCCCAAGUCCACCUUUACCUCGUUUGCACCCUUCUACCGCACCAUCCGCACCCGUGAGGAGGCAACCAAGGUCGCCGAAGACAUUGCCCGCAUCCAUGCAGAGGCCAAGGAGGGUAAGGUCGAGGUCCGCGUCGCGCCCACCCGCCUCCGCUCCACAGAGUACAAGCUCAAUCCAAAGGCGCUCGCCAAAGUCGCCGAGGCCCUGCCGUCGCUCAAAGACAAGGUGGUCCGCGAGGGCGAGGCCGUUCCGCUGCCGGAAAACACCAAUGAGGUGUGCAAGCUCAUGGAGGGCUGGUCCAAGGCCCGCAUGCGCGCCUACGCCAUGAUCGACCGCAACCCCAACGGGUACUACUACCGCUUCAACGCGCCCGGUGAAGCCCCGCGCAAGGGCCCCUUUACCCAGGAAGAGCACGCCAUCUUCCUCAAGCGCCUCGAGGAAAUGGGCGGGCCCGGCCGCUGGGGCCUGCUCUCCAUCGGCAUCCCCGGCCGGGUCGGCUACCAGUGCUCCGGCCACUACCGCCGCAUGAUCGAGGCCGGCGUCAUCGUCGACCCUACCUACAAGGUCGACGAGUCCGGUCGCGCACGCUACCUCGAGGAGAACGGCAAGUUCCGCGUCCAUCCGCGAGUCGGCGCCCGUCAACGGGCCGCCAUGAAGUCCAAGGGCAGCGCCGAGUCCAACGCCGCCAAGGACGACGCUACUGACAAGGAGCCCAAAAAGGGCGCCAAGAAACGGAAGCGCGACAACACCCAGACCCCGUCCGCCCAGCCGCCCGCGCCCGAAGCGCCUGCCCCGCAGUCUGACCCCUCGGCUUCCGGCCCGCCCGCUGCUGCGCAGCCUGCACCCCAGCCGUCGCCUUCUGCACUCCCGCCGACGACCGAUACUGCAUCCUCCGCCCCCGCCCCGGUGCCAGCAAGCGUUCCAGCGCCCAUGGACGACGCUCCGCCGCCACCGCCCAAGAAGACAUCGCCGCCGCCGGCCAACCCGCGCCCGACCAAGAAGCGCAAGGUGACGACCAAGCUGACCAAGCCGCCGCCGUCGCGGACCUCAUCGCUUGUUCAGGAGCAAAUCAAGCGCCAGCGCAAGCUUGUCUCUUCGACCCGCGCCAAGGCUGCCAAGAAGCGCGCCAAGGCCAAGGCCCGCGCCCGCAAGCGUGACGCCAAGGCAGCCGAAGCCGUCAUUGCCGAGGAGUCCCAGCCGGCCGGCCCGCCGCCGCCGCCCAAGCGCAUCCGCAAGUCACGCGCAAAGCCCAAGCCCCGCGCUGCCGGCGACGCUGAGGCCAUGGAGCUCGCAGAAAUCGAGGCUGCCACCACUUGGAAGCCGCCGCCGUCGUUUUACUCGACAAAGCGCCUCCGCGGUCUCUGUCCGGCUGACGACGACGUCGUCGCCCAGGCUAACCCACUGCCUGGCUACCGCGACCCCAUCAUGCUCGAGGAGGUUGUCGCCCCCGCCAUCUCGCCCUACGGCCACGUCAUGGGCUACGCCACCUGGCGUAUGACCCUCGAGACCCGCAACAAUGUUUGCCCCUUCACCAACCAGCCGCUCGAGCUCAAGGCCAUCGUCCCGCUCACCCUCGGCAACAUCGACGAGUACCGUGACAAGAUCAUUGGCCUCGACUAGAGCUGGAGCCACGCGACGAGGCCAAAGUGGUCCGACGGCCACACAACCUCGCACCCGUCGAUCGCCCGUUGCCCAAUCACCGCAGCUGCCACAGGCUCAGCUCCAGCCGCAUACACACGAUCGAACCGGACCUGCACCUUUUUGGGC